AUGAAAAAAGGGGGGAAACAAAACAAAUCGCGAAAAUUAGCUUCUAAUCUUCUCCAUGCGCAGCAAUAUGCUCCCCUCCCCCCAGAGGAGAUGCAAAAUGUGAAUGUCUGUCUAAAGGUGCCACUUGAGUUGUCUUCCCCUUCCACACGAAUAAUAAAAAAGGGGAGAAAAGAUGGAAGAGGAAGAAGGCAUGUGAACUACUACAACUACUACCCCCAUUUUAUAAGCAGUACAAAUAUAGGCCGGAGAAAAAAAGGAAAAUCUAUUUCAAUAUAUAGCAGAAAAUGUAGUGGAUAUAGAAACACGAGAGAAGGGAAAAAUGAAAUGAUAAGAAAAAUAAAAAGGAUUUUAAAAGUAACAAAACUUUUAAUACAAUUAAACAGUUUCAAAUUAACUCCAAAUAUGAGAAUGGAUUUGUUAAUAAAUCUCCCCAGACCACAUGUACGUGUUCAUAUGGUUAAGAAUACCUUAAUGAAGCUAGCUGUGGAAAACACGCCAUUUGAAGCCAUCGUACCCUACCUAAAAGAAAGCAACACCUAUAUGUUUAUUAUGGAUGAAAAAUACAUAGCCUUUACUCUGUAUGGUAAUAAAGCAUUCAGUUCCAUGUACAAAGAAUACAAAAUGAACAACUCUAUAAAAUUAUCCAUAUAUGAGAAUACAAUUUUGAACAAAGCUGAAACGGAGAAUUUAAUAAAUUUAAGAACACACAGUUUUUAUUUUGGGCAAGUGGUGAACAAGCUGGUCCGCUUGAUUGGGGACAUCCCUCGCUCCAUCAUGCAGGUCCCCGCCUCCAUAGCGCGCGGUAUUUACUUGCACACGCAGAAGGGUGCGCAGGAGGGGCAGUGA